CUAGAAGGAAGCUAGAACAAUGUGAAAAGUCCACACGUGAACCUGACCCCUAUAAACAUUUAUCAAAUCUAAGAACGUACACAUGUCAUCGUCCUAUACGCCAACAUAGCAACCUUCCCUUGUUCAGCAGGCACACUUGCCUCAUUGGCGUUGGUUUACAGUAUAAACAAAGACCAGAAGGAGCUGGGAUGGACUAGUCAUUUUAAUUGCUUUAGCAUCUCCAUCUGCGUUGACCCAAAGCAAACAAAAUGAUCAAUCCUUUCGCUACAGAGCCCCUUAAUCAUUCAUCGUCAUCCUCAACCUCUUCACCAGCCCCUGUUUCUCAAGCUCAUCAGCAGCCGACGGCGGCAGCAGCAUCUCCGGCGGAGCAAUGGGGGACUUACGUGAUGGGUGCCCCGGCGGCGCCUUCUUCCCACCCGGACAACCAGAAAGCCGCUGCCUUCUGGGGCGCAACCAGCUCUACGGUGGCUAAUACUACUCCGCCUGAUCCGCAGCAGCAGUACAACAAUGCUCAUCAUCAACAACAGCAACAUCCUUACUUGGUCUAUUCUCCGGCGGAGAAACCCGCCGGCAGUCCCAUGGAAUCCAUUCUCCAUGUCUUCAAUUCAUGGACCAACAAAGCUGAGACACUGGGCAACAACAUCUGGAACAACCGUGAAGACGAAUUCCUCUGUCUCGGGAGCAGCUUGGGGCAAAAUGAAUCUGACGGCGAAGGCUAUCUCCGAAGGCGGAUUCGAAUCCCUGUACAAGCAGACUUUCACCACUUACCCCAACGAGAAGCUGAAGAAGCGAUUCACCUGCUACCUCUCCACCGCCACCGGCCCUGUUGCGGGAACUCUGUACCUCUCUAACAUCCACGCCGCCUUCUGCAGCGACAGGCCUCUGUCCGUUGCCGCGCCAUCCGGUCAGGAGACAUGGAGCUACUACAAGGUUGCAGUGCCGCUGAACAAGAUCGUCGGAGUGAAUCCUGUGGUGAUGAGGGAGAAGAAUCCGCCGCCGGAGAAGUAUAUUCAAGUCGUGACGGUGGACGGACACGACUUCUGGUUCAUGGGUUUCGUGAAUUUCGACAAGGCGGUGAAGCAUUUGAGUCAAGGGAUCUUCAGCAUGGUAACCCCAGCUGUGGCCGUCUAGCUCAAGCAUAUCGGUUGCACUCUUAGCAAUAACAUCAUGUACUUGUUCUUGCUGUCAACUCAGAAUUAUGUCAAAUACUCUAUUGCCCAACUUAUACUUGAUUCAAGUAGCAAAUUUCGAACGACAUUACCUAGCAUUAGCAUAGAAAUUGAACCACACUUCAACUUGUAUGACCUGUGAGUUGAGUUUAUGAAUUAUGACCCAUAACCUUAAC